GUGCGGUGGUAAUGCUGCGGCUGCUGGUGCCGGUGCCUUCUAAUCCUUCCUACCUAGUAGCUACCUAGGCACCUAUGAAGUGACGACGAUGACGAUAAUGACACUCUCUUAUCCUAGUCUGUCGUCUGAGCUCUUAGGGUCGUUGUCGUUGGCGUUGGCUUCAGCAAGGCAAGGUAGGAAGAGCUUGCUUGCUUGCUUGCUUGCUUGCUUGCUUGCUUGCUUGCUUGCUUGCACCCGGCUGGCUUGCCCCAUUCUCUCUCACUCACCCAACCACCUCCCUCUCUCCCACUUCCCUUCUCGCAGGAACAGCACUCCCGAGGCGGAGACACAGGUCUUGCAAGCACACAUAUACACACACAUACACACACACAUACAUAAACAGGUAGAUCAUUGUAAUCGCACACUCGCACCACUUCACGCACUUCAUCCACACUUCUCCGUUUCCGCACCAACCGCUCUCAGAAGUCUAGAUGAAAGUACAACAGUACACAUGCGUGGCCCCGUAAGCGGCAUGUGUAGCUGCGAGUGGAGAAGCUGCGUCUUCGUAAGAAGUGCUUUGGAGGGCGUGUGCUGGGUUGCUUGCGGGGGGAUUUGAUGGGGUUGCCGUACCGCUUGUGGAAGACAUUUAUACGAUUAUAAGAUACCCUAGCGUUUUUAUGAGUUCUUGUCUUUGUACCCUCUUGAAUAUAUUCGUAU